AUGGCCUCCUCCGUCGCGGUGUCCCUCCGCGCCCUCGCUGCCGCCUCCCUCCCCAAACCCAGCCCCGCCCCUUCCUCUCCCUUCCUCGUCCUCCUCGCGCCGGCGCUGCCCCGACGCCUGCUCCGCCUCCGCUCCGCACGCCGCCUGCUGCUCGCCCCGCUCGCCGCCUCCGCCUCCGACUCCGUCGGGGUUGACUACGCGGAGCCGGCCGAGUCGGAGCAGGAGGAGGAGGAGGAGGCGUUCGCGCCGGAGGAAGAGGAGGGGCCGGAUGAGCUGGUGGAGGACGAUGCCGUAGAGGCCUCAGCCGCCGUCGAGGAGGAGGAGGUCGGGGAGUAUGUCGAGCCGCCCGAGGAGGCCAAGGUCUACGUCGGCAACCUGCCCUAUGACGUCGACAGCGAGCGCCUCGCGCAGCUCUUCGAGCAGGCCGGCGUCGUCGAGGUCGCAGAGGUCAUUUACAACAGAGAAACAGACCGAAGUCGUGGAUUUGGGUUUGUCACUAUGAGCACUGUCGAGGAGGCUGAGAAGGCUGUGGAGAUGCUCCAUCGCUAUGAUGUCAAUGGAAGGUUUCUGACUGUAAAUAAAGCAGCUCCUAGAGGCUCUCGUGUGGAGAGACCACCCAGACAAUCUGGGCCUUCUCUCAGGAUUUAUGUUGGCAACCUGCCUUGGCAAGUGGAUGAUUCUAGAUUGGUGCAGUUGUUCAGCGAGCAUGGUAAAGUAGUUGAAGCCAGAGUUGUCUAUGACCGAGAAUCUGGGCGUUCGCGGGGAUUUGGUUUUGUGACUAUGGCAACACAGGACGAAUUGGAUGAUGCUAUUGCUGCCCUUGAUGGACAGAGGAGCGACCGCGGCGAAGUUUCUAAGGAGGCUGUAUGGGGUGGACUGCAGGCUUGUUCCAUAGGAGCAUCAUAG